CUACAAACGUCAUAUAAAAAGACGUCUUUUUGUGGUCUUUUUACCCAUAAAAAGACCACUAAAAGACGUCUUAAUAACACCUCAUCGGACCGACUGCCAUGUCAUGGUGUACCUUAAAUAUGUACGUGUCUUGGCAAAUAUCUGUCAAAUUUUGGAAGAAAAUAAAAAAGCAAAAACAAGUUUGUUUACUUCUCUUUCAUCUUUUUUCUCUCCUAUUCAUCCUCAUGUAUCGGAAUUGGGUGGUCGGUAUUACAGAGAGUCGGUAUUGAUAGAGUGUGUUCUUUUUUUAGUGUUGUUCAUGCCAUAUGAUUAUUACAGUAAAGGAGAUUUGAACUUAUACUUACAUGAAUGUUACGUGCGAAGCGUAGCGCUCGAUCCAGUUGGUCCGUACGGCUGUGUUGACAUCAGAGCAAUAGGAAACCAAUAAAAGCCAUCAUACAGCAAAAUGGAAAAUACACAACGCAAAGUAGUACAUCUUAAAAUGAGCAACGGUAGAUAUGUUCUAUCAGAAAUGCCUCAGACUGCAGCUCAAACCCCACAACCAAAGCUGCAUGCCAAUUUGUUGGCAAAACUAACAGGCGAAGACAACGAUCAUAAUUCUCGAAUCGACCAUCAUUCAGAAAAUAGUGAUUCUCAAUGCAUUCCGUUACGCAGCAUCUCCAAUGUACCCAAACCUCAGUCGUCAAACCUCACACACAUUAACCGGGCACCAAUGGCUUCAACAUCUAAACCACCGAGUGCUACAUACAGAACACAAACAGAAAUGGACUCCAUGGAAAAGAAAAUAGACGCGGUAAUGGAAAAAGUAAACACAAUACAGAAACAGCAACAGGACCUAGAAAAUUUAAUCAACACAAAAGUGACGUCGUUGGAGAAAAACCAGAGCGUGAUAAAAGCCAAGCUGGAUUUGAUCCUUGAUAAACUUUCUCCUCGCCCGGGAUUGGUACCAGCAUCUACAUUCGAUUGGGAACCAAUUUCCACUAAAGAAAAGUUGGAAGAAUUAGAAAAACAACUUACAGUACAGGAAUACAAGCAAGAAAUGAAGAACUAUUUGGAAUGCCAAUUACCAACCGAUAGUUCCGAAGAGAGGUUGCAUGAGGCAAUGGACAUAAUUUUCGGAAGAGCAUUUACGACGGAGAUGAGCUGGACGGGUAUCGGAUAUCCAAACAACAAGAUUCCCUUGUGUCGUUAUGUAAAUAUUUUAUCAUUAUUUAAAAACAUUGGAACAUUCCACGGAGUAACUCCGACAACACAAAAAAUCAAAUGUUUCUUUCAAAAUAAGCUGAAGCAUGCUGAUCAAAGGCUACAUUUGUCAGGAAAAAGAAAAUCCACGCACCAUCGACAUCGACAUAUGUAGAAUAACUUCUAUAUACUUCUACUUUCGAAUUAAAGAA